AUGAGUUCUUCAAAUGAUACUGGUGAAAGGAACACCACCAGAAGAAGAGAUCAACUGCAAGGUCCAAGACCUGCUCCUUUGAAAGUUUGCAACUCUUCGUCAAAGAUGAAGAAAUCAUCACAUCCGGACCGAAGCAAGAUUAAUCCUGUUGUAAUCUAUCUCAGGUCACCAAAGAUUAUCCAUGUAAGGCCGGAGGAAUUCAUGAGCCUCGUGCAAAGCCUAACGGGGAAGGACCCAACGAGUAUUCAAUCUUAUCCCUCAUCGCCGUCAGCCUCUUCUUGUGACUUGGCAGCGGAUGAAUCCAUGAGUAAGAGAUCACAUAAUUUGUUUGAUGCAGAAAUAAUGAAGCCUUUCAAUGAGGUUGAUUUUGGUGAUCAAUUUCUGGGAAUGUCUCCAACUUGGCUGCGUUUCUUAGCUCGUGUAUAG